UUGCAUUGUAGUUUUCGUCGAAGAACAGUCUGUUCUCUCCCUUUCCUUUCUUUCUCACAUAGCUCGAUCUACCCAACCAUAGCGAAGAACAAACAGAAUACACAAACUCUCUUAGGUACCGUCUCUGUCAUUAUCUUCUGCUCAUCGAACCACAAAUAGAGAUGAAAGACAGUAAAGAUGGUGAUAAAAUUUCAAAAUCUGCAUCUGUUGGUUCCCUUCCACUGAUUCUGGAUAUCGACGACUUUAAGGGCGAGUUUUCUUUUGAUGCAUUAUUUGGCAACUUGGUAAAUGAACUGCUUCCCUCUUUCCAAGAAGAAGAAGCAGAUUCAGCAGAAGGGCAUGGAAACAUUGGUGGGAGCGAUGUGUUAGCAAAUGGGCAUGUAAGAGCCCCCUCUGAUGCCAUAAAAUUUUCACAAGGACAAUCUCCUUUAUUUCCAGAAGUAGAUUCUCUCUUGUCCUUGUUUAGGGAUUCUUGUAGAGAGCUGAUCGAUCUUCGAAAACAGGUUGAUGGAAAGCUCUCAAAUCUGAGGAAGGAUGUUUCCGUCCAAGAUUCUAAGCACCGCAAAACACUUGCUGAGCUGGAAAAAGGCGUAGAUGGGCUGUUUGAUAGCUUUGCAAGGUUGGACUCACGUAUUUCAAGUGUUGGACAGACUGCUGCAAAAAUUGGAGAUCAUUUGCAGAGUGCAGAUGCGCAGAGGGAAACGGCCGGCCAAACAAUAGAGCUCAUAAAGUACUUGAUGGAGUUUAAUGGCAGUCCGGGCGAUUUAAUGGAACUGUCGCCUUUGUUUUCAGAUGACAGCCGUGUUGCUGAGGCUGCUACAAUUGCACAGAAAUUACGUUCCUUUGCUGAGGAAGACAUAGGACGGCAAGGAAUGUCUGUAGCAUCAGAUAUGGGAAAUGCAACUGCCAGCAGAGGAUUAGAAGUUGCAGUUGCUAAUCUUCAGGAUUACUGCAAUGAACUGGAGAAUAGAUUGUUGGCUCGGUUUGACGCAUCAUCACAGAGAAGAGAAUUGUCUACCAUGGCAGAAUGUGCUAAAAUUUUAUCUCGGUUCAACAGGGGCACGAGUGCUAUGCAACAUUACGUGGCAACACGUCCAAUGUUUAUUGAUGUGGAAGUCAUGAAUGCAGACACCAGAUUGGUUCUUGGCGAUCAGGUUUCACAAGCUAGUCCCAGCAGUGUUGCUCGUGGGCUAUCUUCAUUGUACAAAGAAAUUACAGAUACUGUUCGUAAAGAGGCAGCCACAAUUACGGCAGUAUUUCCUUCUCCUAAUGAUGUCAUGUCCAUUUUAGUGCAGCGAGUUUUGGAGCAGCGAGUUACAGCUCUUUUGGAUAAGUUGUUAGUGAAACCAUCUCUUGUGAAUUUACCUCCAAUGGAAGAAGGCGGACUUCUAUUAUAUCUUAGAAUGUUAGCAGUGGCAUAUGAAAAGACUCAGGAACUUGCUAGAGACCUACGAGCUGUUGGAUGUGGUGACUUGGAUGUUGAGGGUCUCACGGAAUCUCUGUUUUCUUCUCACAAGGAUGACUAUCCUGAACAUGAACAAACCUCUCUUAGACAGCUAUAUCGCGCAAAGAUGGAAGAAUUACGUGCUGAGAGUCAGCAGCUCUCUGAGUCAACUGGGACAAUAGGGCGAUCAAAAGGAGCUUCUGUAGCAUCUUCCCAUCAACAGAUAUCUGUUACUGUUGUGACAGAAUUUGUGCGUUGGAAUGAAGAAGCAAUAUCCAGAUGCACUCUAUUUUCAUCUCAACCUACUAUCCUUGCAGCAAAUGUAAAACCGGUGUUCACUUGCUUGCUAGACCAAGUUGGGCAAUAUAUAACUGAAGGUCUUGAACGAGCUAGAGACAGCCUGACUGAAGCUGCAGCUUUGAGGGAAAGGUUUGUUCUGGGAACAAACCUUAGUAGAAGGGUGGCUGCUGCAGCUGCUUCUGCUGCAGAAGCUGCUGCUGCUGCUGGUGAGAGCAGUUUCCGUUCUUUCAUGGUUGCUGUACAACGGUGUGGCAGUAGUGUGGCUAUAGUUCAGCAAUGUUUUGCAAAUUCUAUAUCUCGGCUUUUACUACCUGUGGAUGGGGCUCAUGCUGCUUCAUGUGAAGAAAUGGCAACAGCUAUGUCCAGUGCGGAAAGUGCUGCUUAUAAAGGGCUUCAACAGUGUAUUGAAACUGUUAUGGCUGAGGUAGAGCGACUGCUAUCAGCUGAACAGAAGGCAACAGAUUAUAGGUCACCUGAUGAUGGAAUUGCUCCUGAUCAUCGACCAACAAGUGCUUGCACAAGAGUUGUGGCAUAUCUUUCUCGUGUGCUCGAGACAGCAUUCACUGCAUUAGAAGGUCUUAACAAACAAGCGUUCCUAACUGAAUUGGGGAAUCGCUUACAUAAAGGGCUACUUAAUCAUUGGCAGAAAUUCACUUUUAACCCCAGUGGGGGACUGCGGCUGAAACGUGACAUAACUGAGUAUGGAGAAUUUGUGCGGAGUUUUAAUGCUCCUUCUGUUGAUGAAAAAUUUGAAUUAUUGGGCAUAAUGGCUAAUGUAUUUAUUGUAGCUCCUGAAAGCCUCUCCACUUUGUUUGAGGGUACCCCGAGCAUCCGUAAAGACGCACAAAGGUUUAUUCAGCUUAGAGAGGACUACAAGAGUGCAAAACUUGCAUCCAAGCUUAACUCUUUGUGGACAAGUUGAUAAAGAAAUGGCAUGCUGACAUAUGUAGCUUCUCAUAUUCUUUGGUUUUCUUGCACCGAGAUGGAUAUUUUACUUCCAGCUAUUAUGACAGUGGGAACUGGCUCAAGAUUAAUUGUUCUGUUAGCUUUUAGACCAUGUUAGAGAUAUGUUCCGAGAUCAACUGUAUUCAAAGGCAUGGAGCCUCCCUUGGAUAGUCAAUCGGGUAGAAAGUUCUGUUUGAUUUUUUUUUCCUGAACCUCUUCUUUUUUCAUUUUUCUAUUGUAAAUUUCAAGCUAUUGAUGGCAAGAUGUGAUAGAUUUGUUUCUUGAUGCUCUUUUUUAGAAUUUAGGUUUGCAGUUUUGAUUAGACAAUUCCAGGGAAGAAUCUGUUGUCCUCUGUAUUCUUGUAAAUGAUAUACUUAGGGAUGAAUGACACGAAAUGGGUGAUUUUAUUGCA